AUGAAAGACGCGACUGAACCGCGUCGCUUCGAGCUCGAGCCGCCCGAGCGCGUCUUGCAGCACUUUGACGUGACCGAAGCCAAGGGACUGAGCGCCGCUGCCGUGGUCAAGCAGCGAGCUAUCCACGGCUUCAACGAGCUCGCGAAGGAAGAGCACACGCCGCUCUGGAAGCUCGUGCUCGAGCAAUUUGACGACGCGCUCGUGAAGAUCUUACUGGGCGCGGCCGUCGUGUCGUUUGCCCUGGCUGUGCUCGAGCACGACAGCAGCCGCGACAGUGACGAGGGCAUUGGCGCGUUUGUCGAGCCCUUGGUGAUUGUCGUGAUCCUCGUACUUAACGCGAUCGUCGGUGUCUGGCAAGAAUCCAAUGCUGAAGCUGCGCUCGAAGCGCUCAAGGACCUGCAGCCGGAGAACGCGCGUGUGAUGCGCGACGGGGAAAUGGUGACGCUCCCGGCUCGCGAACUUGUGCCGGGCGACGUGGUGGAGAUCCGCGUGGGCGACAAAGUCCCGGCGGAUUUGCGGCUGUUGUCGAUGAAGACGACGGCUAUUCGGGUCGAGCAGGCGCAGAUGACGGGCGAGUCAACGUCCGUGAACAAGGGCAUUGACGCCUUGCCAAGUGACACGGAGAACAUUAUUCAAGCCAAGACCAAUAUGCUGUUUGCAGCGACGGUCGUGGUGAAUGGACUGGGCACGGGUGUUGUGACCCAAGUGGGUAUGACGACGGAGAUUGGCAAGAUCCAGCAGUCGGUGCAAGAAGCGUCGAAGGACGACGAAGGCACGCCGCUGUCGAAGAAACUGGACGAGUUUGGCGAGCUCUUGUCUAAGGUGAUUGCCAUCAUUUGCAUUGUCGUGUGGGCGAUCAACUACAAGAACUUUUUCGACCCGAUUUACGGCUCGGUGUUCAAGGGCUGCAUUUACUACUUCAAAAUUGCAGUCGCACUUGCCGUGGCGGCGAUUCCGGAAGGGCUGCCGGCGGUCAUUACGACUUGUCUUGCCCUCGGGACGCGCAAGAUGGCCAAGAAGAAUGCAAUUGUUAGGAAACUGCCGUCGGUCGAGACGUUGGGCUGUACGACGGUCAUUUGUUCGGACAAGACGGGCACGCUGACGACUAAUGAGAUGUCGUGUGUGACGUUCUCUCACCUUGGCAAGUCGGACACGGAGCUCGUGACGUACGACGUUGAGGGACACACGUAUGCUCCAGUUGGCAAGAUCGAGGGACCGUCGUUGGAUCAGUUUAACGCGUUGACUUCGUUGGUGAUGGUGUGCUCGUUGUGCAAUGAAUCGGCCAUUGAGUACAACGAUGGCAAGUACGUGCGUGUCGGAGAGCCCACUGAAGCUGCGCUCAAGGUUCUUGUCGAGAAGAUUGGAUUUCCCCAUGAUGACGUGAAACAGGCCGAGAUGCAGUCACUGCGUGCUUCUGCUCCUGAAAAGGCCGCUCAGUUUUGCAAUGAGUAUGUGGAGCAGCAGAACAAGAAGUUGGCUGUGCUUGAGUUCUCGCGUGACCGCAAGUCGAUGUCCGUGCUGUGCACAAAAUCCGGUGUGUUGGUGCACCGUGCGACUCGCUCGUCGGCGUCGAACCAGAACAUGUUGCUUGUGAAGGGCGCCCCAGAGGGCCUCAUUGACCGCUGUACCCACGUCGAGCUAGGAGACGGGAGUGUAAAACCCUUGACCGACGCUGGUCGCCAGGUGCUACUAACAAUGGUGUCGAGUCUUGCUCGCAAGUCGCUUCGUUGUCUUGCACUGGCGAAGAAAGAUGAUCUUGGUGAGUUGGGUGCGUACGAUGGCGACCGUCAUCACCCUGCACACAAGUUGCUGGAGAAGACCGAAAACUUUGCUGCCAUCGAGUCAGGUUUGACUUUUGUUGGUCUCGUCAGCAUGCUGGACCCUCCGCGUCCGGAGGUGAGACCUAUGAUUGAGAUCUGUCAGACGGCGGGCAUUCGCGUUAUCUGCAUCACGGGUGACAAUAAGCUGACUGCAGAGAGUAUUUGCUACAAGAUCGGUGUUCUUAAGGAAGGCGACGACCUGUCCACGCGAUCGUUUACGGGUGCUGAGUUUUUCUCGCUUCCGAUCGAAAGGCGUAAUGAGUUCUUGUCUAGUGGCUGUGGUAUGGUGUUUUCCCGCACGGAGCCGAAGCACAAGCAGCAGCUUGUUAAGAUGUUGAAGCAGUUGGGAGAAGUUACUGCUAUGACCGGUGACGGUGUUAAUGACGCACCUGCGUUGAAGCAGGCCGACAUUGGUAUUGCUAUGGGCAUCACGGGCACGGAGGUUGCAAAGGAGGCUUCGGACAUGGUACUUGCAGACGACAACUUUGCUACGAUUGUUGCUGCUGUGGAAGAAGGCCGCGCAAUUUAUAACAACAUGCAGGCGUUCAUCCGCUACUUGAUCUCGUCGAACAUCGGUGAGGUGGCUGCGAUCUUUUUAACGGCUGCUCUCGGGCUCCCAGAAGGGCUCAUCCCGGUCCAAUUGUUAUGGGUGAACCUCGUGACCGACGGCCCUCCGGCCACGGCUCUGGGCUUCAACCCGCCAGACGCUGACAUUAUGAAGAAACCGCCUCGCCGCACUGACGAUGCUUUGAUUACUGGCUGGGUCUUUUUCCGGUACAUGGUGGUUGGCAUUUACGUGGGUUUUGCUUGCGUUGGCAUUUUCGCGUACUGGUACAUGUAUUACGAAGCUUCCGGUGAUGGCCAUACCCUGAUCACGUAUGAUCAGUUGACCCAUUGGACGAAGUGCCACGAGUGGGAGAAUUUCACAGUCAACAACUUUGACGGCAUGGACUUCUCGUCGGACCCUUGCCGUUACUUCACGGACGGCAAAAAGACAGCGUCGACGCUUUCGCUCUCCGUGCUGGUGGCUAUCGAGAUGUUCAACGCUCUCAAUGCGCUUUCUGAAGACGGCAGUCUGAUUACGAUGCCGCCGUGGUCGAACCCGUACCUCAUGAUUGCGAUGGUGAUAUCGUUUGCCAUGCACUUUGUCAUUCUGUACGUGGACGUGCUGGCCAACACGUUCAGCGUGAUCCCACUCGACCGUAACGAGUGGUUGAUGGUGUUGGCUUUCUCGCUGCCAGUGAUUCUGAUCGACGAGGUGCUCAAGCUCAUGGGUCGUCGCAUGCAUGCACGCGAGCUCAAGCAGCGCCUGGACGAUUGGGCGAAGAAAAACCAGUAG